GUUGAAAUGAAAAAGCGGGACGAGGUGAUGAGGGUGGAGUAGAGAGAGCGUCGAGAGACGAUGAGGGUCGUGAGGUAGAGAGUGUACUGCGUUGGAAGGGAGACGGAUUCCAUUCUGGGUAUAAUAAAACGUCGGAGCAUGCUCGUCCUCUCAUCCUUCCUCCUCUUCGGCAUUUAAAGUAGAUGGAGCGCGGCAGUUGGAGAAACGAUAGAAGGAGGUAUAGUAUCUGUUGUUUCAUUGUCGACUUCUUUUUUAUGCCGAACAUGUAGAGCUGUAUCUUCUAUCUAUGCUGAAGAUGUCGAGCUAUCUAAAUGAGUUGUAUCUUCUAUAGUUUCAUCUUCCGUCUAGGUGGUACCGCGCUUGAUGGCCGCUGGGAGAAGUGGUAGGCUCUGCUCAGCGUUGCGGACACGACCAGGGUCGAGAACGCAAGGAUCCCUGAGACGGCCUCAACGCAUGUUAAUGAUACCAAAUAAUAGCUAGUGCCCUGUACUGUGAUUCAAAGCGGGCGACAAAGGUUGGAGAUGUUUUUCUUGCCGUGGACCAUACGGGACGCGGCCAAGGAGGCGAUCUUCAGGCAGGAGCCCGAAAGUAGCGCUGUUGCCGAAGUGGGCACUACCGCAAACUGCAGUCUUGACGCCACUGGUGUCUCUCCUGCACGCUUGUCCUUCACUAGUGCCGCUCCUAAGGACACGCGUUCACAACGACGCACGUCACGGAGUCGCCUCCAUCAACGUCGAUAUGGGCAGCAGCCAGCAAGCAACCAUCAACGUCAGGAUCGUGCCAAGGAUUCUCUCCUGUGCUGUGGCACGAAGGUUAGCACCAACAAGACGACGUCGAAGUUCGCGACCAAGAUGAAGACGAGGAUCGUUCGAUCAGGGCUACAACUGGUUGUUACAUUAUGA